GCUGAACACAGAAUCAAAGCAGAAAUGAGUGAUCCUCAGCCUUUGGAGGAGGAGAAGUAUGAUAUGUCAGGCGCCCGCCUGGCCCUGACGCUAUGUGUUACCAAAGCCCGGGAAGGCUCCGAGGUAGACCUGGAAGCCCUGGAAGGCAUGUUCCAGUACCUGGGGUUCAAGAGCAUCAUGAAAAGAGAUCCCACCGCUCAGCAAUUCCAAGAAGAGAUGAAAAAGUUCCAGCAGGUCAUAGAUGGCUGGGAAGAGCCUGUCAGCUGUGCCUUUGUGGUGCUCAUGGCCCAUGGGGACGAAGGCCUCCUCGAGGGAGAAGAUGGGGAGAUGGUCAGGCUGGAUGACCUGUUCCAGGUCCUGAACAACAGGAAUUGCCAGGCCCUGAGAGCCAAGCCUAAAGUGUUCAUUGUGCAGGCCUGUCGAGGAGAACACAGGGACCUCGGCGAAACGGUAGGUGGAGAUGAGGUCGUGAUGAUCGCCGACGACAGCCCUCAAACCAUCCCAACUUACACCGACACCCUCCACGUCUACUCCACAGUAGAGGGGUACAUUGCCUACAGGCAUGACGAGGAAGGCUCCUGCUUCAUUCAGACGCUGGUGAAAGUGUUCAAAGACAGAAAAGGAUCCAUCCUGGAACUUCUGACGGAGGUGACCCGGCGUAUGGCAAAUAAAGAGCUGCUUCAAGAAGGACGAAUGAGGAAAGUGAACCCUGAAAUUGCAAGCACUCUCCGGAAACGGCUCUAUCUGCAGUAA